ACUCGUGCCGUUUGAUAAACGGGCCACUCACGUUCUUCCCAAUGUUUUCUAUGGUUUGGAAGAGCCAAUCAAUUCCGAAUGCUUUUAUCACAUCUACGAAACCAUAGGUUUUUAUCCCAUGGAAUUUUUCCGCCGCCGGCGGAACUGGAUGCUUCUUGCGGCCGUGGCCGGCCUCUCAACCUAUGCCGCUUACCGUAUGAAGAUCCCGAAGUUCGCCGGCGCCCUCUUCUCGCUAGCCGAUGCCGUUUCUUCCACGUCUGACACUGCCAAUCUCAUCUCCGCCGACCUCAACCGAUUCCUUCGUUCCGAUUCUGACGAAAUUCCAUCUAGCCUGAAGCAGCUUUCCAAAAUCGCGGCUUCGGACGAGCUUGCAGGCUCCGUUUCUAGGGUUUUUGAGGGUCUGACUGUCGGGAUUGCGAGGGGAAUUCGGUCGACAGAGGGAAACGAUGUAAAUGAUAGGGCCGGGUUGUCCGAUCGGGUCUUGGAUAAGCUCUUCUCCUCCUCGGGAUCCGGUUUCGCCUCCGUCAUCGUCGGGAGUUUCGCCAGGAACCUCGUGAUUGGUUUCUAUUCAACAGGCGCGGAAGGCGGCGGCGGUCCUGAUUUGCCGGCGGGGCGAUCGUGGUUAGAUCUUGUUUGUGCAGAAAAGUGCAAGAAGCUUAUAGCUGACAGCAUUCAGGUGUUUGUGGGCACGGCCGUGGCUGUCUUUCUUGAUAAAACUAUGCAUAUUAACACUUUUGAUGAAUUCUUUGCCGGCAUCACAAACCCUCGCCAUGAAGCAAGGGUAAAGGAGAUGUUCGUUUCAGUCUGCAAUGGUGCCAUGGAAACACUUGUCAGGACAUCCCACAGAGUUCUUACAAGCUCGAACUCUGACUCAUCGGCAAACCCAGAAAUAAACUUGGAGACUGACAGAAAUUGCUAUUUUGAUUCCAUGAACGAAGAGAGCAAUGGUUGGGUCAACCAGGUUUCAUCGACAUUGGCAGUUCCAAGCAACACGAAGUUUGUUCUUGAUGUCACUGGGAGAGUGACAUUUGAGACCGUCAGGUCUAUUAUAGAAUUUGCGAUGUGGAAGGUUUCUGAUGGUGUAAAGAUCGGCAUGAGUUCGAUUCGACAGGACGUUACUAAUAAAGGCUUGGAAGUGGUGAGAUUUAUUAGCGCGCGGUCCAUAGUCAUUGCUACAAUAUGCUUUGUCUUGUGCAUGCAUAUUUUUGCUGGAACGAGAGGUCUGAUGCAGAUUUGAGCUCUUUCUGCAGCCUUGAUGGUUCAUAUGGCGCUGUAAGUUUCCUUUGACCUCAAGAACAUGGAGUAACACAAGGUGGUAUUCUAUAUGCAGUUUGAAGUUGCACGUUUUUCAUUAAAAAUGCAUAUAGUUUCAAUGUAUCUCUUCUUCCAAGUAAUUAAAACUCGACAGAUAUCGGAAAUAGCAAAGUAAUUAAUAUAUUCUGUCUUGCACAGGUAAAUGUAUAGCUGAAUAUUCAUUGUGUAUAUUUUUCCAAAUAUGCCUUGGAUCAUGUAUAUGUGCUCUGUAGUGGGAAAAAUGGUAUGUAUAUACUACAGAUUUAUUUGAUGGUAAUAUUAUGAAUGCAACUAUAUGAUAUUGUGUUAC